AUGCCUGCCGCACUAUUGAUCGGUGCGAUCACUCACACCCGCAAGGAAUGGGAGGACCUGUCGUCGAUUCUGACUCUGAAGGAAUUCCCGGAGGGAUCCCGAGACGACUUCAUCCGCAAUUGCAAGGAAGGCCAAUACGACGACGUCGUCGCCAUCUAUCGCUCCAACACCUCCACCAAGUUCACCGGCCCCUUCAACACGGAAUUACUUUCCGUCCUCCCCAAGUCUCUGAAAUAUAUCUGCCACAAUGGGGCAGGGUACGAUAACAUCGACGUGAAAGGGUGCACGGAGAAAGGAAUCGCCGUCUCGAGCACACCCGUCGCGGUCAACAAUGCGACCGCAGACGUGGGAAUCUUCUUGAUGAUCGGUGCGCUGCGCCAGGCUUAUAUUCCGAUUGCGUCACUGCGCGAAGGUAAAUUCCUCGGACAGACGGGACUAGGCCACGAUCCCCAGGGCAAGGUGCUUGGGAUUUUGGGGAUGGGAGGAAUUGGUCGCGAAAUGGCCAACCGUGCAAGAGCCUUCGGGAUGAAGAUCCAGUAUCACAACCGCUCGCGUCUGUCGCCAGAGCUCGAGGGCGACGCAACGUAUGUGUCCUUCGAUGAGCUGCUGGCUACCUCCGACGUGCUGAGUCUGAACCUCGCGCUGAAUGCGUCGACCCGCCACAUCAUCGGCGAGAAGGAGUUCCAGAAGAUGAAGGACGGGAUUGUGAUUGUGAACACAGCCCGGGGGGCGUUGAUUGAUGAGAAGGCCCUCGUUGCGGCAUUGGAGUCUGGCAAGGUUCUGUCUGCUGGUCUGGAUGUCUACGAGAAUGAGCCCGAGAUUGAACAGGGGUUGGUCAGUAACCCCAGAGUAAUGCUGCUGCCGCAUAUUGGCACCAUGACGUACGAGACGCAGAGGGAGAUGGAGCUGUUGGUAUUGAACAACCUGCGGUCGGCUGUAGAGAAGGGCGAGAUGAUCACGCUGGUGCCGGAGCAGAAGGAGGCUUUUGGCAAAUAG